GCGCGCGGGCGGCUCCGGCGGCGGCCAUGUUGUGCGGCCCUGAGGGCUGCCAGGCCAGGAGCCUCGCCGGGCUAUGGCCGGCUCCGCUUCCUCCGCAGCCGCCGCCGCCUCGUCGUCGUCUUCCUCCUCCUCUUCCCCCUCCUCCUCUUCCCCCUCCGCUUCUUCGCCGGUGCCGUCCAGCAACUGGCUUUCCGGGGUGAACGUGGUGCUGGUGAUGGCCUACGGGAGCCUGGUUUUCGUCCUGCUCUUCAUCUUCGUCAAGAGGCAGAUCAUGCGCUUCGCCAUGAAGUCUCGCCGGGGGCCCCACGUGCCGGUGGGGCAACACGCCCCCAAGGGACUCAAGGAGGAGAUUGACAUCCGACUGUCCCGGGUUCAGGACAUCAGAUACGAGCCUCGGCUGUUGCUGUACAGUGACACUCGGAUGCUACAACUCGACUCGCCUAGAAACCCAUUCCCUUACGACUACCUGUAUCGGAUGAAGGCUUUGGACGCUAUCAGAGACACAGAGAUCCCCUACUCCAUGGAAGGCCGUUACCCCAAGUUGCUGAUGGAGAAAAACUUCCAGGCUUACCUCAUGGAUCUCCGCAACUCCAGCAGCCCUUUGAAAGGGCUCCGCAAGACACUGAUCGAUGCCCUCCUGGACGGGUACGAGAACGCCCGCUACGGGACGGGGGCGUUCGGCAAAGUGGAAUUCCUCAGUUUCCAGGAGGCCUUGAAUGAGCUGGCAACAAUCGUCAAAGCCCGGGGCGAGAGCAGCCAGCGGCAGCAUCAGUCGGCGGCCAAGGACUUGACCCUCUCCUCUGACCCUUCCAGCCCCACCAUUCAGGUCACCUACCUCCCUUCCAGCCAGAAGAGCAAGCGAGCCAAGCACUUCCUGGAACUCAAGAGUUUCAAAGACAACUACAACACGUUGGAAAGCACCCUGUGACAUUCCCUUCUUUCCACCACCACCCCCUCCUUUUGCUCAGGAGGGGUACCUAUUCCUUCCCACCCCAAAUCUGGACCAAAAGAACUGGCCUUGCCUCUACUACCACCACCACCACCACCCCGUGAAAAUACCGC